UUCACCGCCAUGUCGGCAUAGUGCACAUCUCUCUCUCUCUCUCUCUCUCUCUCCGCCUCUCACGCUGCCUCUCCUUCCCUCCGCGCAUCCUCCCCCACAGUCCCAGCUUAGCCCAGCGGCAGCGGCAGCGGCUCGUGCAGCAUCCAGCAUCCAUCCUCGCCCGCCUGGGGAGCAGCAGUCCUGCCCGGCGCAGCACCGACGCACGGAGGGGGCGCAUCGUCUGAGUGAUGCCACAGCGUCAGUCGCGUUUCGACGACAAACGCUGAGAGUACGCGCGCGAGCGGAGGGCGAGAAAACACAGCAGCCUCGGAGACAGCAACUGCCCAUGAAGAUGUCUACCGCUGACAUCUUAAACGCCACCGAGAGGAUGGUGAAAUCGGUACCUUUCCCCCUGAGCCACCGCCUCACGAUGAAGGAGGUGUUCGACUGCGAAGGGAAACCUCGCGUGGACCUCCUCAAGGCCCACCUCACUAAGGAGGGCCGCGUGGAGGAGGCCGUGGCUCUGCGGAUCGUCAACGAGGGGGCGGCCAUCCUGCGCCAGGAGAAGACCAUACUGGACAUCGAGGCGCCGGUCACAGUGUGCGGGGACAUCCACGGGCAGUUCUUCGACCUCAUGAAGCUGUUUGAAGUGGGCGGCUCGCCGGCCACGACGCGGUACCUCUUCCUCGGGGACUACGUGGACCGCGGAUACUUCAGUAUUGAGGUGAGGCCGCCGUCGCUCACGUCGUGGGCGGAGCCGGCGUCGCGUGGCGUAACCUUCUCCGUGUGCUUGCCUCCGCAGUGUGUUUUAUACCUUUGGUCGCUGAAAAUCCUCUAUCCAAAGACGCUAUUUUUACUUCGUGGAAAUCAUGAAUGUAGACAUUUGACAGAAUAUUUCACCUUCAAACAAGAAUGUAAAAUCAAGUACUCUGAGCAGGUGUAUGACUCAUGUAUGGACGCGUUCGACUGCCUUCCUCUGGCUGCACUCAUGAACCAACAGUUUCUGUGCGUCCACGGUGGACUCUCUCCUGAAAUACACACCUUAGAUGACAUCAAAAAGCUGGAUCGGUUCAAGGAGCCUCCAGCUUUUGGCCCCAUGUGCGACCUGCUGUGGUCCGAUCCCCUGGAAGACUUUGGCAACGAGAAAACCCAGGAAUUCUUCAGCCACAACACAGUGCGAGGCUGCUCCUAUUUCUACAGUUAUCCGGCUGUUUGCGAGUUCCUUCAGAGCAAUAACCUAUUAUCCAUCAUCCGAGCGCACGAGGCGCAAGACGCCGGCUACCGGAUGUACCGCAAAAGCCAGACCACCGGAUUCCCGUCCCUCAUCACCAUCUUCUCAGCACCGAACUACCUGGAUGUUUACAACAACAAAGCUGCUGUGCUGAAAUAUGAAAAUAACGUCAUGAACAUCCGACAGUUCAACUGCUCGCCCCAUCCGUACUGGCUGCCCAACUUCAUGGACGUCUUCACCUGGUCCCUGCCCUUCGUCGGAGAGAAAGUCACGGAAAUGCUGGUGAACGUGCUCAGCAUCUGCUCGGACGAUGAGCUCAUGAACGACGAAGACGAGAUUUUCGACGCCAACGCUGCUGCAGCGCGUAAGGAGGUGAUCAAAAACAAGAUCCGUGCUAUUGGGAAAAUGGCCAAAAUGUUCUCGGUUCUCAGAGAGGAGAGCGAAAACGUGUUGACGCUGAAGGGCCUGACGCCCACCGGCAUGCUGCCGAGCGGGGUCCUCUCCGGGGGCCGGCAGACGCUGCAGAGCGCCACCAUCGAAGCCAUUGAGGCCAUCGAGACGCAUGAUGAGGACAGAGAAGCUAUCCGCGGGUUCUCCCCCCAGCACAAGAUCACCAGCUUUGAGGAGGCCAAGGGUCUGGACCGCAUCAACGAGCGCAUGCCGCCUCGCAGGGACGGCGUGAACCACGUGGGCCACUCCAUGGGGAAGAUGAACAUGUCGGAAGCCAACGGCACGGACGACAACAGCAACAUCCAGUGAUGUGCUGUCGCAGCCCCGGAGCCGUGCCACCUUUGCGCCGUGCAGCGAGACUUUGCCAAAUCGGGACUUGGGCCUUGAACAUAGACAUCACAGAGGCCCGACGACAGGACAUGAAAUCUGCAGCAAAUCUAAAACUGGCGGAAAAGGUCAUUUUUUCAUGACUUUUUGGGAGCUGGGGUUUUACAGCAUGUGGCAGGGAUAAGGAGAGGGCAGCGGGCUGCAGCUUGACUGGACAGCGUGGCUGGAAGCUCAGAUCAGUGAUAGACAGGAUGGUUGGGAGUUGUGUUGUUCCAAGCGCUGACGGGCGUCUGCUCCUCCAUUACAGGGCCUGACCAGACAUAAUGGCAGUAUCCACGCGGCACACAUCAUUUAGUGUUUUAUAAAGUGUUUAUUAUGAAUCACUCACCACUUCACCUCCUGAUCUCCUUUAAGCCCCUGGUUCGCUAGUAUAAACGUGCCACAACACUUUGUGGGAGUGAGAAACAAAACAAAAGAACACAAAAGGCAAAAAGAUCCCACAGUGUGUUCUUUAAUGGGGACUUCAAUUUAUUGAUUGUCACAAUCUCCCCGGAAAGGAGGAGUGGAUACUAACAUUACUGUAGUCUGAGCUUAAACUCCAUGUUCGGAAUGUUUCAUUGCUCCUCACCAGGGCUCGUCUCCUCACUUCCUUUAUUAUCAGUCAUCUCCUAGCAAGACCUAACUUGGAGGGGAUUAGGAAAGAAAGGGAGGCGAGGAGAGAGGUUAUAGACAACUUGGUUCUGCUAUUUACUGAGGUCACCUGAACGUCUCAGAUUAAAAUCAGACAAUGUUCCCAAAGAGAUGCAAACUGUCCCACAUGAUGAUGCAGUGUCAUCCCUGCAUGUCUCCCCCUCAGAAGGGUUCUGUCUGACCGACUCAGAAACAGGGCAUCUUACACACGUCCAGUGAUAAUAAUGCAGUUCACUUUUUGCAACGCAUGCGCAUUCUCCUCUAAAGGAGGCUUUGACUCACUGUUUGUCAUCUUUUAUGAAUAGUUCAGACUGGCAAAGCAGCAGCAUUAACACAAGUCCCUGGACCACAGUAGCUGAACCUGAACUCUGGUGUCAUACACUAACUAGACACUUAUUUAGGUAAAAUAAUACAAUGUUUUUCCUAUGCUGUGAAUUCCAAUUUGUGAGUGUGUGAAAUCAAAACAAGUUAGCUUUUCAACCGAUUUUUAAGCAGAAGAAACGGGCCGAGACACACUGAAAACAAAAUGAAAUGUGAGUUUCUAUGUGCGAGUAUUGUGUCAAAAUACUAUGAUGAAAAGUCACUUUGUGUCCUGCAAUGCGUGUAUUUGACUGACUGACAAGAGGAGAAAAGACACCAAAUUAAAACAGGAAGCAUCGCAGAUCUUUCAAAAUAAUAAUCAGUGAAAACGAGCACUGUUCAAACCCCAAGCUCAUACAACAUAUGAUGAAGUUCUAGAUUUUUUUUUCAUAAUUACUAUUUUUUCUACUUUAUAUUCCAUCUAUAUAUUUAAUGAUAAAGGUAUAUGAAUAGUAAGGAUGGACAAAAAGUGAUUUUUAACACAGCAUCUAUGGUAUGGAACGCAUCAAUGCAUGCAAUUAAGUUCCUAAUUGUUAUGUGAGAUUAUAAUUGUGAUAGUUGUGUUUCAAAUAGUAAACUUGAAUGAUUUUAUUUUUGAAUUACAUUUGUAGUUUUAUUUGUCUUGUUUUAUACAUUUUAUAAAUAGGCUUUCUUUGAUUGUUUUGUCCUUUUUUUAAAAAAAAAACUCUGUUAGUUAAAUUACCAUUGCUUUUAUUUUUGUAUUCAUUUAUUGUAUGCAAAGGUGUGAAGCCUUGUGUUUAUUUUUAUUUUUCGUUGUACUGAUGUACAUAAACUGUUCAGUAGUGUGAAUGAAUAUAAUCUCAGUGAAAACGUUCAGGCUGCCAAAGCAUGAUAGCAUGGUUUUCAGAUGUAAAUGAACUGGACACAGAGAAUCAUGUGUCGCACUUACGUUUAACAGGAAACAUUGUAAUCUGGUUAUAUUUAUUGCUGAUAUUAUUAUUAUUGUUACAAUUUAGCUUAUGGUUCUUUUACUUCCUCUGUUUCUGGUUCUUGUACGGUCUUCAUGCAUAUUUCAACAAACAACUAUAAUGGAUUUUAUCUUGCUAAGUUUUUUAUCUAUGGAAAUCUAUGGAAAUAUGUUUUGGCAUUUGACUUCCUAAAGGAUACACACAUUGUAAGCAUGCCCUAUGGGACAAAUCACAUUUUUUUACUCUUGAAUAAAAUAUGCAUGAACAAAA